UCCCUGAACUGAACUUAUGUGACACUGUCCAGUGUGUCCACUGUUUUUGAUGUAAAAACAACUAUUGUCUAAGGACUAGGAAUCAGUAAACCUACCAAUCCAUUAUCAUGUUCCCAAUUUGGCUGAUCUUCAUAUUUUGGUUUCCAUCCUUAAAAGCCAUCUCUAGUAAUAAUUAUCUGGAAGAAAGCUAUGCAAAACAAGUACUAGAAGAUGCAAAGACACAGAAAGAUUGGUUGGUAUCAAUAAGGAGAAGAAUCCAUGAAUACCCAGAACUCAGAUUUCAAGAAUUCAACACAAGUGCACUAAUUAGGUCAGAACUUGAUAAAUUUGGCAUUUCUUAUGAAUACCCUUUUGCUCAAACUGGCAUUGUUGCAAUCAUUGGGUCUGGUGCCCCACCUGUUGUGGCUCUCCGGGCAGAUAUGGAUGCCCUUCCUUUGCAGGAGCUUGUUGAUUGGGAGCAUAAGAGCAAAAUUGAUGGCAGAAUGCAUGGUUGUGGACAUGAUGCUCAUACUACAAUGCUCCUGGGUGCUGCUAAAUUGCUAAAUCAACGGAAGAAUCGUCUCAAGGGAACAGUGAGACUGCUUUUCCAACCUGCUGAAGAGGGAGGCGCAGGUGCAUCUCACAUGAUAAAGGAUGGUGCCCUUGGUGAAGCAAAAGCAAUUUUUGGGAUGCAUGUUGAUCUCACAAUACCCACAGGGAGCAUAUCAUCUGUAUCCGGGCCUAAUCUCGCAGCAGUUUGCAUGUUCAAAGUAAGAAUUGAAGGAGAUGGAGGGCAUGCUGCGGACCCUCAUAAGAGCAUUGAUCCAGUAGUAUCAGCAUCAUUUAUUAUUUUGGCACUGCAACAAGUCAUUUCCAGAGAAGCAGAUCCCUUUGCUAGCCAUGUACUGUCUGUUACAUAUGUCAAAGGUGGUACAGCUUUGAACAUAAUCCCUCCAUCUGUAGAUUUCGGAGGAACACUUAGAAGUCUUACAACUGAUGGCCUGCAAUGGCUUCGACAGAGGUUACGAGAGGUGGUUGAGCAAGGAGCAGCCUUACAUAGAUGUCGAGCACAUGUCGACUUUGAUGAAGAAAACAAUCCUCCUUAUCCAGCAGUCAUCAAUGAUGAUACUUUGCAUCAUCAUGUGGGUGCUAUAAGUAGAGUUCUACUAGGUGCGAGGAAUGUCCUACGGGGGAAUAAGGUCAUGGCCGGUGAAGACUUCUCCUUCUACCAAGAAAAGAUCCCUGGCAUCAUGAUUGCUAUAGGUAUAAGAAAUGAAGGAGUUGGUGCAGUGCACUCCCCGCAUUCUCCUCAUUUCUUCGUUGAUGAGGAUGUUCUUCCUAUAGGAGCAGCACUACACACCAUUUUUGCAGAAACGUACCUCAGUCAGUUCCCAAGUUCAGCUAAAUUAUGAAGCAUUUGGCAAUUUGAUUCGAACAUAUACAACCGACAUGGUACACUAGUAUUUUGCCAUUUCAUAAAUGCUCGGACAUUGUGUAUGGUAGCUAGCUUAGUUGGUAAAAAAUAUAAGUGGUUGUAAAUUGUAAUAUAGAUGAGCAAUUGGAACUCGUGUGGAUUUGGCCGUUGUGCCUCCUUAUAUGUAUGAAUUAAAAGAAAAGGCAAAUUAUUGUU